AGAUUGAACGAGAGAUAUGGUAAUUCUUCUUAUUAUUAUUUAUUCAUUUGUGUUAUUUGUUUAAUUUUCUACACACUCAUGGCCAAAAUUGCUCAGCUCCACUUGGACCACACAUCCUGGUAAACACAGUAGACCAGUAGUUCAGUAUCACCUGAAGAAGCUUGCCUACUACUGGUGGCACAUGUACCACAGUUUGAGGUGGUGUGAUGUGCUGCUUUGAUGAUGACAGAACAUUCUCUCCUAACCACCCAGCAGAGUCAGACACAGACAUAUGAGUCACACUGACUGGGAGGAGGAGAAGCUCUGAAUCAGCCCACAACUGUGCAGAGACAUGCAAGAACAUGAUUGGCCCAUGAUUACCACUUCCUGCCUUGUGCUGCAUUGAUGGCGCCUCGAAAAUUCGAAGCACAAGUUGUACAAUCAUUUCUUGUACUGUUUACUUAACAAAAAGCAUGCAAGUGUAAUUGAUUAAUAGGUCAACAAUUUAUUUUGGCCUAUUAGACAAGAAUAGUAGAUAUUGGACUUUUUACUGAUAUCCGAUAUGCUGAUAUAUCGGGAUAACCGAUAUCAAUGUACAGUAUACACAUUUUUCCCUGCUCCCAACUGCAGAGGUAAUUUAGACCUGUAGUGAAAUUAACAAUAUUUUGCGCACUUAUGUCGCAGCAGAUGUAGAUAUACAUUUUCUUCAUUAGGUAAAAUAAAUAAACAUAAAAAACAAUAAUAUUGUGGAGGGUGCCAACAUAGAAGUUAGUCCUGUGUAACUGUCACACCACCAGGGGUUCCAGGAAGAAAUCAUGUGUUGACUUGUAAGAGUUUCUUCAAAUAAAGAAAAAACAGACUAACAAAAAGCAACUGAACUAAUCAGUACUGCACACAACACAUUUUAGAGUAUGUCCAUCAACAGUGUAAUGAUAUUAGUAUUAUAAUUACUAUUGUGUUGUUGUUAACUGUACAGUAAUAUUUGCUUUGCUUACAGGUGACACCUUACUGCAUUGGUAUUUCCUUACAGUCAUUGUGUGUGUGUGUGUAUAUAAUACAUUUAUUAGUAUAUGAUACGAUGAGUAUUUGUUCUCAUACAGCCUUCAUUCAUCUUAUUAAUUAAUUAGUCGAUCGGUUGAACUAUGAAUUUACUACAGUAGUUCAAGUUAGGAUAUUUAUUUCUAAUCUAAGAUAAGACGAGAUAAAGAUACGAUAUGGUGUACUUUAUCUAAUACAUAAAGCUAUUUCUUCCACUGCAGUUGCCUCCACUGCAGAGCUAAUUUUUCCCAGCACCACGUGAAGGCAGCGUGAAUCACAGCGGUUGUGUUCACACUACUGCGUGAUGUCUCUUAUCCCGGGUCAGGACGGUGUAGUGAGCGGAUGAAAUCCCGCAGUGUUAUGAUGCUUUGUGAGGAGUUAAAAUGGUGAGAGGCUCGUAACGUGUGUGGUGGUGUUUAGACUAGGUUUAGCUUUUAGUCCGUGUUCUUGACUUAGUGUAUAAUCAUUUACCUGUUUUUAAAUAAAGAAAAAAAAGCUAACUGGUAGUUUGUAGCUCCUCGGACAGUCCACGGAGUUGGUGGUAGGACAAUGACACUGGGGUUUUUAAAUUUUGUGCUGGGUUAGGGUUAACCCUAAGACGUUUGCGGCACAAAGACUGCGUCUCGUUUUAAGACUAAAACUAGCCGGCGGUCACUCAACCCCAGCCGGGACAACCAGGACAGGACAUUUCAUACGGUCUCUUUGUAGAAGAAAACGCAACAUGUUCGAAGCCUCAGGAAUCCCUCUCAUUCUGCUGGACAUUACCUGCCUCAUCCUCGUUGGACUUCCAUUUUUCAUCCUCACCCCUCAACACAACCCUUUCAAACGGGGCUUCUACUGUAACGAUGAGUCCAUCAGAUACCCUCUUAAAGAGGACACCAUAUCCUACCAGCUGCUGGGAGGAGUCAUGAUCCCCUUCACAUUGAUUAUUAUCGUCUGUGGCGAGUGCCUUUCCGUUUACUUAUCUCGCAUCAAGAGACCGUCUUCAGGGACCAAGUAUGUGGCGUGUGUCUACAAAGCUGUUGGGAGCUAUGUUUUUGGAGCUGCUGCUAGUCAGUCUCUGACAGACGUAGCCAAGUACUCCAUCGGUCGUCUGCGGCCAAACUUCCUGGCUGUAUGCAAGCCAGUCUGGGAUCGCAUUAACUGCAAAAGUGGUGGAUACGUCGAGAAUUUCACCUGCACUGGAGAUAAUUUUCUGGUUGAUGAAGCCAGACUGUCCUUCUACUCUGGCCACUCAUCAUUCUCUAUGUACUGCAUGCUAUUCCUUGUACUUUACAUUCAAGCCAGACUGAAGUCAGAAUGGGCGAGGCUCUUUCGUCCCACCGUCCAGUUCUUCCUACUUGCCACCGCUGUGUAUGUGGGUCUGUCCCGAGUGUCAGACUACAAGCAUCACUGGAGCGAUGUGUUCACUGGCCUCCUGCAAGGCGGCCUAGUGGCUAUUUUCACAGUGUUCUGUGUGUCCAACUUCUUUAAGCAGCCAGCCGACGUGGUGGUGUCACAGGAGGAAGAAGCCUCGCCCUCUGGUUUCCCUGAAAACCCUUCCAGUUUGAACCACUAUGGCAGCACUGACUGAAUCUAAGGCCUUUGAGUCCAUGUACUAUACAGUGUACAGAGUACAGCUUGAAAUUGCCUGAGAGGGCCUGAACACACCAAUUAGUAUCUGCAAGUCUCUGACCACUGGCUGUUUCUGUGCAUUUUAUUUCAUGGAGCCAGUGCUGUCGUCUGUUACCUUUGGUGUGGUCGGUAAGCUUAAAAUGCUCGAACAUAAGCGUUUAUACAUAAGACAGUAAUUGCACUUUAUUGAGAUAUAAAGACGCAGAGGAUUUGGGCUGAAUCCCAUAUAAUACACGCAUAUUAUGGAUCGAAAUGACAAAACACAGUGCAGCGUGUUGGUUAACCGUAGACAAAAAUGGCUUUUUACAGUGCGCACUUGUUUGAAAUGUGUUUUUUUUUAGUUUAUAUUGGUCUGAUGUUGCCAUCUUGAAUGAAUGAAAUUCCUUUUGCCUGGAAUAUAAUGAGAGUCUGUGUGUACUGCAAGCAGGCUUGUAGGGAGCCUAGCACCUGUGUGAAUAAGAAAACCUGGACUGUCCUUAAACUUAAAAUGGAGCAGGAACUCAUAAAUUACUUGUUUUUUAUUUUAAUUUUGCCUUAGUCAGAAUGCUGCUACCUGCUGUUAUUCCCCUCACCUGGUUUUAUGUCAUUGUAUGAAUGGAUAAUGCAGUGAAUUAAUUUUUUCUUUUACUAUUUGUAUUGGCUUUAAUGUAUUUUUGUCCACACAGAAGCUUUAAACACUAUCAGUGCCAGGAGAGAAAAAAUAUUCGAUGAAUAAAGAGCUGCAUUUUGCUGUUUUGAUACAAAG